GACAAUGAAAGUUACCUUCAACUACCAGAAAACCACAAGAGGGUAUUGUAUGAUGGCAAACUUGCAGCUGCGAUUGUAUUUAUGUAUAAUCCAGUGGCCACGGACUCUCAACUCUGUCUACAGUCUGCCCCAAAGGGUAACCCGUCCUUUUUCGUCCACAACCCCCAUGCACUCAUGCUUCAGGAUGUGAAAGCUGUGGUGACUCACAGCAUCCACAGUACUCUGAACAGCAUGGGUGGUAUCCAGGUGCUCUUUCCACUGUUUCAACAGCUUGACCUGCCUCAUGACACACCCCCAGCCAUCAAUGACUACUACAACACCAACAAAGACCCCUCACUAGGGUCAGUUUGUCUUGGUACUGAAUGUUUUGAAAAGGUUCAGUUUUGUCAUCUAGGUGUAGACUUCUGGUAG